CAAAUUUCUAUUUAUUGAUGACUUUUAUUUAGAGUUUAAUAAAAGGAUAUCUAGAAUCUUAGGAGGAAUUAAUAGAUACAUUUAAGGAUCAUAUUAGAGAGAAACUGAAAUAAAAAUUGAAAUAUCAUGGAUGUUUGGAGAGUUGGUUAGUAAAUAAAGGUUAGAGGAGAAAGAUAGUGAUUGAGAGAUAUAAACAAGUAAAGAAAUAUCUUUUUGAAGUAAGAUAAAAACACAGUAGAAUAGAGAGAUAGAAAUGUAAUUUAGAUUUGUAUCUGUUUUAGUUUCACAAAUUUCAACUUAUCGUUCUUCAAGCGAUUUGCUAAGUCCUAGAGAUUUCAAUUUAAUAUUAUUGAGACCAUAAUAGAUUCUAUCUACAAAUAGUGAAAAUAACCCUAUCAAUGAUCCUUUAACAAAUUUGAUCAAAAAAAUUAAAUCUAAAGAAUGA